UAUUUAUUAUAAGCAUCUCGUUUCAGUAUAUGUACGCAUAUGACACGGAAACAAAUAAUUACAAAAUAUUCAAUUAUUUUUAUUAUUAAAUCAGUAAAUAAAAGUAAUAAGCCAGUCUUUAAAAAAAAAAACAGACCACGGGGGACACGACACCCAAAUCCCCCCCCAUAAUUAUACCACUGCCUAGAGUUGCGUAAAACGUAAUUUCGUUCUUUUUACUUUGUUUUGAUAUUCGGACGUUUUUUAUAAUUAUUGCCUUAUUGGUUGUCUACGGUAUAUAUUUGUGGUUAUUGAGAUGUAGCAAGAAGCUCCGAUUGGGCAACAGCAGCUGUUGAUAAAAAAAAAUUUGAUAACAAUACCUGACUUUUAUCAUAGAAUGUUCUUUGCUUUUAUUGAAUGUUUUUUGAACAAUUAAUCAACAACUUGUCUAAUAAAUAAUAAUUAUAUUUGUAUUUGAGACUAUUUACGCAGACAAAUUACGUUUUUUUUUAUCUUUCAAAGUAGAUACUUUGUAUAUUAAACCUAAUAUAUAUAUAUAUAUUGUGUUAUUACUUUUAAUAGGUACUUAUAUAUUAGUACUUUUGGUGUUUUGAACAUUCAAAAUUGUCUCUUCGCAAAGUUACUGAUUAAUUAAUUUUUUUUGGAAUGAUAAGUUUAUAAAUUAUAUACUUGAAUUAAUUUAUUAAGUGAAUCACUUAGUUAAGAUCUCUUAAAAUGGAAAACGCAAAUAUCGGCCAACGUUCAUCUUCCUACAGUCAAGAAACAUCUGAACCGAAACACUGUUGGGUUUGUUUUGGUACCGAUGAAGAUGAUUAUGAAAGUAACAGAGAUUGGGUGUCACCAUGUAAAUGUCGCGGUUCUACACGAUGGGUUCACCAGAAUUGUGUUCAACGUUGGGUUGAUGAAAAAUUGAAAGAAAAUCUUAGUGUUAAAGCUCAUUGCCCUCAAUGCCAUACACAAUAUAUAAUUGUGUAUGAUGAAGUCAAUUACUUUGUUCGCAUGUUAAACAAACUUGAUAAAACAGCUAAUCAGCUAUGUCCUUUUUUGGCAGCUGGUGUUGUCGUCAGUACUCUUUAUUGGUCUGCAGCUUCAUAUGGAGCAAUAACCAUGAUGCAGGUAAUGGGUGAAAGAGAAGCUAUAACAAUGAUGGAGAAUACAGAUUCAUAUAUGUUGCUCUUGGUAUUACCAUCAAUACCACUCAGUCUAAUUUUAUGCAAAACUAUCAAUUGGGAAGAAACCUUACUGUUAUUUGUACAAAGAUUUACUUCACAAUUACCCUUAUUAAGAACUAUCAUGCCUUCAUUUUUGUGUGAACCUGUCAAUAGUUCAACUAGUACAGUCCAAUUCAAUUCAGUUGUUAAUCCAACAACUACUUUAUGCGCAGCACUUUUAUUGCCAACUACUGCCACUGUUGUUGGAAAUUUAUUAUUUGAUAAUAGUUCAUAUUCAUACUUACAAAAAACAAUAUUGGGAGGGCUAGUAUAUAUUGCAGUAAAAGGUGUAUUCAGAAUAUACCAAAGACAACACAAUGUUAUUAAAGAAAGAACACGUAAAGUCAUUGACUAUCCUGAAACUGAUGCUGAAGAAAAUACUUAAAAUCUGUACCAUAAUCUAAUACUUGUUAACAUCACCUGAAGAAUUUUAAUAUCUUAAUACAAUAAUUAUAAUAAAACAUCUUAAUAUUGUAUAUAAAUAUGUAGAUAUUAUUUAAAAAAAAAAAUUAAUUGUAUUUAGAAUAAAUUUGUAAAAAAAAUUUAUUAUUAUUUUAAGAUAAUCAUAUAUCAAACAUACAAAUGUUUAUAAAGUUAAUACAAAAUGAAUAAUAUCAUAUAAUUUAAAAUAUGAAUAUUGUUGGUGAAUAAGUUAUUUAAUUAUAAAGAGUUGCUCAUGAAAAACAUUCUUAAUACAUAAAAAAAUUUAGAUAUUUUUAGUAAAAUAGUUUUGAUAAAAAUAUAUAUAUAUAUUGGUAAUUAUUUAUUUUACAGUUAUUUAUAAAUAAUUUUAGGCCAUGUAUACGAUAACACUUCUGAUAAAUAUUUAUACUUUCUCAAUUAUACUAAAUGUAUGAUAUAAAAAUCUUAAACUAACUUUGAAUAUGUAAAAAUAAUAUAAUAAUCUACAAUACAUUUGAAGUAUAUUGUAUAGUUCAAAAUACUAAAAAAAUAUAAUAAUAUUGUUAACAUUUUGUUUCAGUCUUAUAAAUGUACAAUCAUUAAUUUCGCUGGUACCUUCAUAACUUACAUUUUCAUUAAUUUUCAUUUACAUAACAAUUAAAAUGGCAUCUUAUAUAGGUAAUUAUGAUUACAAUGUUUAGUUAUUACUUAUUACAUACACAUGAACGCUUAGAGUUAACUGAUAUUAACCAAUAAAAAAUACCAUUCUAUGUCUAGCAAAAUCUUCAUCCAAUAGGUACUAAGAUAAAUGUUUUGUCCUAACUCCUCAAGUACACCUAAGAAGGUGGCAUGAAUGGUGUUCUUGGAGUGAGGAAUGUCGGAAGCAGUGGCGGUUAAACGGGGGGGGGGGUGAAGGCGAUAGAUCCCCCAUGACUUUAUGUAUACCGUAUACCUAUUGUACUAUAAUGUUAAUGUAUUACAUUUUGUUUUAAUUUUUUCUCAAAAUAACGCUUAUUAGCGUAUAUUAUUAUCUAGAUUCUAGACUUAUUCUAAGAACAAGGCUGUUAUUAUUAUUAAUAUUUAGUAAUUAGUUGCUUGUACAAAAUAUACGGAAAUUACCCUGCUC